CGGCCCGCCCGGCGCAUGUGGCGCGGUGGGGGUGGCCAUGUUGGUUCCCGCCGCCGCGGCCGGCCGGGCGGCGAGGGGCGGCUCCUCCGGCUGCGGGCAAGGGCCGCGAUCCCGGCGCGCCGGGGCCCGGGAGAGGCACCGCCGUGAGGGAGCGCGGCUGGAGAGACUCGGCAAACGAAAUCGUCUUUUCCAGGAAACCACUCCCAACCCCCAACCUACAGAAGAGGAGAAAACUGAGCCAGCACCUAGUCAGGAGGUUGCCAGCCCUGAACAGUAUAUUAAACAUCCACUACAAAACAGAUGGGCACUCUGGUUUUUUAAAAAUGACAAGAGCAAAACUUGGCAAGCAAAUCUUCGUCUUAUCUCAAAGUUCGAUACUGUUGAAGAUUUUUGGGCUUUAUACAACCAUAUUCAGCUCUCUAGUAAUUUAAUGCCUGGCUGUGACUACUCGCUCUUUAAGGAUGGGAUUGAGCCCAUGUGGGAAGAUGAAAAAAACAAGCGAGGAGGCCGAUGGCUAAUUACACUAAACAAGCAGCAGAGACGAAGUGACCUUGAUCGCUUCUGGCUAGAGACACUGCUGUGCCUUAUUGGGGAGUCAUUCGAUGACUACAGUGAUGAUGUGUGUGGUGCUGUUGUUAAUGUUAGAACUAAGGGUGAUAAAAUAGCAAUAUGGACAACUGAAUGUGAAAACAGGGAUGCUGUUACGCAUAUAGGGAGAGUAUACAAGGAAAGAUUAGGACUUCCUCCAAAGAUAGUCAUUGGUUAUCAGUCCCAUGCAGACACAGCUACUAAGAGCGGCUCCACCACUAAAAAUAGGUUUGUUGUUUAAGACGACACCUUCUGAGUAUUCUUUCAUAGGAGACUGCGUCAAGCAAUCGAGAUUGGGAGCUGAACCAAAGCCUCUUCAAAAGCAGAGUGGACUACAUUUAAAUUUGAUUUCCAUCUAAAUGUUGCUAAGAUUUGUGAGAAGUCUCAUUCGCCUUUGUCUUGUACUUCUAUGUUCAAUUUUUCUAUUUUGGCUGAAGUAACAGUUACCAAUUGGAAUUUUAGUACACUUCACCCCCAAAUCCAUAAGUGUGUUUCUGGCCCACUCUGUAAUAGCUUGGUAGAAACAUUACUAUUGCAAAAAAUAAUUUGUUUAUCCACAGUAUUCAGAAAAGAAGUUGCAUUUCUGUACCUGCAGGAAAUUACUCUGUUUUACAUUUGUAUUGUAUGCAGUAAGAUUUUGCUGGUUUGGAAAAAGAGUAUGGUGCAUACAGUUUUCUAGCAAUUUUUUUAUACAGCAUCAUCUUUGCUGUAACCUCUGCUGAUGGCUGCUAGAUUAAUUUAUUUGUUUUCCCUAUUUGAUAACAUUAGUGAUAUUUUGAUUUCAGUUGUUUUUGCUCAUGUAACAUUUGGUGAAGAAUCUGGGAAUAUGACAAAGGUGGAAUAAACGUUAAUUUUGUGCA